GAGUAGGCCAUGCCAUUCAUCGCAGUGCGCGCGACCGCGAAUGGUUCACGGCCGUUUUCACAUCAAUCGAUUUCCGUUAACGUAUUAUAACAACAGUCACAUCAAUCGAUAAUAAAAAUUUUAACGAAAUAUCGUCCGCCGUUGACCGAAUUUCUUGCUUUAGUACAAAAUAAUAUAUAACGUGCGCAUGGUUUUCAGUUUUCGAUUCCCGUUUAGUUUUCUCCAUUUGUUUUCUUCAUAUUCCGACUACGGCGACAACGGCAUUCCGCGAUUUUGCCGGAACGUGACAUCGGCUUCUCGAUCGCUGCUGUAGCAGUCGUUGCUCGUUAGAUUUUGUGGAAUACAGGAAUGCAUUGCUGAAAAGAAUACACAUUUAAAGGCGCAUCUAAAAACUUAACGUUCAGGAGCAGUUUACAUCCUCCUUACGCCAUAUAAAACCUUUACGCUAUUACAGUAGUGGAUAAAUAAAGAAUUACGACUCACACACUAAUAAGGUUGAGCUUGUAGGUUCAUAUAGCAAAAUACUGAAUGACUAUAUACAGAGUUUUUAACAACACAAAGUUCAAAGACUGAAGUUGUUUAAUAUAGAAAAAAAUGACUUACGACGACCUAUUGGAAAAAAUGGGAAAUUUUGGGAAGUACCAGAAAAGAAUAUACUUCUUCUUGUGUCUACCUGCAAUAUCGUGUGCUUUACAUAAACUGGCUGGAGUCUUUAUCUUAGCCAAAACUGAUCACAGAUGUCAAUUGCCGGGUGAACUCGAUAAUGCUUCAUAUGUUUUACCGCCUAACAUCAUGAACAUGUCAUAUCCAUUUGAUUAUAAGUUGGAACAUUUUUCUUCCUGUAAAAUAUACGAUACGAAUUUCACUGAAGCGUAUUAUUCGUCCAAUAUGCCGGUGAACCAUAGUAUAAAUUGCCAUCGGUGGAUAUACGACAGAGAGACUUAUCAAAAUACCGCAGUGAUGGAGUUCAACUUAGUCUGCGAUAGAGCAUGGUACAAAGGUACAGCGGACUCAAUGCUUAUGGUUGGUGUUAUGUUGGGAUCGAUAAUAUUUGGAUACUUGUCGGACCGGAUCGGAAGAAAAAAUAUUUUUAUGAUAUCUCUUUGGCUGCAGGGAAUCGUCGGUUGCGGUAUGGCAUUUGCCCAAGAAUAUUGGAGCUUUACACUUCUCAGAGUAUUGGUUGGAGCAUCUACUUCAGGGCUAUACCUAGCAAGCUAUGUCAUCGGCUUGGAAUUUGUCAGCCCUAAAUACCGAAUGGUGGUUGGCGUUGUUAUACAAAUGUUCUUUUCUGUCGGUUUUCUUUUAACGUCCGCAUUUGCAUAUAUUUUCCACAAUAAUUGGAGAUACUUUCAGCUGGCUAUAACUAUACCGACUCUGUUAUACACGCCCUAUUAUUGGUUUAUACCAGAAUCUGUGCGAUGGCUAUUGACCAACGGUAAACUGGAGAGAGCCGUAAAAAUUCUACAUAAGGUGUGCAGGGUGAACGGUGUGGACAUUUCAGAUAAAGACAUUAUUGAAAUAUUGGAGUGCGAUUUUGAGAAAAAGCCUUUAGUACAGACCGAUGCUCAACCAAAUACAUCGUUUUUUGAUUUAUUCAAACACCCAGUGAUUUUGAAGAGAUCUAUCAUUAUAAUGCUAUUGUGGUUUGUAAACAGCACUGCUUAUUAUGGUUUGUCUUGGAGUACUUCCAAUCUUGGAGGAAAUCAAUAUUUGGUGUUCAAUUUAGCCGGUUUAGUAGAGUUUCCAGCUUAUACGUUUUUGUUAUUGACCCUCAACAAAUGGGGAAGGAAGAUAAAUAUAUCUGGGUUCCUAAUAUUAGCCGGAUUAGCACUUCUAUUAACAUUAGCUGUACCCAAAACGAAUACGUGGUUGAUUAUAUUCUUUGCGAUGUUGGCGAAACUGGCCAUAACUGCUUCAUAUGGAGCCGUGUACGUCUAUACCGCAGAACAGUUCCCGACCGUAGUGCGGAGUAUGGGCUUAGGGGUAGGAUCAUUUUUCGCUAGGAUCGGAGGAAUUGUGGCGCCAUACAUCAAUAACACGACUGAAAUUUGGGUUAACACGCCGUUGAUUGUAUACGGCGGUCUAGCAUUGUUCGUCGGUACUUGGUCGCUUGUAUUACCCGAGACGCUUAAUAGAAAACUGCCGGACACCAUCGAAGAUCUCAUUGCUAUGUCAGAAAAGAAAUAUAAGCCAGUUCUUACGGAUGAACCUAUGACUAAUGGUGACGCGAACAAGGAUAAAGACAAGUAUUAAAGUAGGUAUUAUAUUAUUAUGUAGGUAACAUUGAUAUUUUGUAUUUUUCCACUAUGAAUACUAGUUACAUGUUUUGUAAUAAUAUGUAUUAAUGUUUCGACUGCUAUAUUUUUUAUGACUACUUAUUAUUAAUACGAAAACUUAAACAUUGUUGUUUGUGCCCAUUUUUUACUACCCACCAAUGUUUUUUAUAACAUUUUGAGUGAAUUAU